CCCGGGAGCGCGAACCGCUGCGGCGUCGCUGCAGAGUCCCGCGAAUCGCCCACCCCUGCUGCAGGGCACCAUAGUUGAAUGUCUCCUAGCCCUCCUGCUGGGAAAUGCUGAUGGCAGGCGUCCAGACAGCUGAGCCCCACUAGAAACCAAGAAAGCCCAUGCCUCUGGCUGCACCUUUCAACAUGACCAAUCCACAGCCUGCCACAGAAGGAGGAAUUUCCGAAGUUGAGAUCAUCUCCCAACAAGUAGAAGAAGAAACCAAGAGCAUUGUUCCUGUGCAGCUGGUGAACUUUGCGUACCGGGAUUUGCCCCUGGCUGCGGUUGAUCUCUCCACAGCGGGCUCACAGCUCCUGUCAAAUCUGGAUGAAGAUUACCAAAGAGAAGGGUCUACCUGGCUGAAGCCGUGCUGUGGGAAGAGAGCAGCCGUGUGGCAGGUAUUUUUGCUCAGUGCGAGUGUCAACAGUUUCCUGGUAGCCUGUGUAAUAUUGGUGGUGAUUCUCCUGACUCUGGAACUUCUAAUAGAUAUAAAACUUCUCCAGUUUUCCAGCGCCUUCCAGUUUGCCGGUGUGAUCCACUGGAUCAGUCUGACCAUCCUCUCCGUGUUCUUCUCAGAGACUGUUCUGCGAAUUGUGGUGCUUGGGAUCUGGGAUUACAUCGAAAACAAAAUAGAGGUGUUUGAUGGGGCUGUGAUCAUCCUGUCCUUGGCACCAAUGGUGGCAUCCACUGUGGCCAAUGGACCCAGGAGCCCCUGGGAUGCCAUCAGCCUCAUUAUUAUGCUCCGGAUCUGGCGGGUGAAGAGGGUCAUUGAUGCUUAUGUCCUGCCCGUGAAAGUGGAGAUGGAGAUGGUCAUUCAGCAAUACGAAAAGGCCAAGGUCAUCCAGGAUGAGCAGCUGGAGAGACUGACACAGAUCUGUCAAGAGCAAGGGUUCGAGAUCCGGCAGCUGCGGGCGCACCUGGCGCAGCAGGACCUGGACCUGGCAGCGGAGCGCGAAGCAGCGCUGCGGACCCCGCACGUGCUCAGCCAGCCCCGCAGCGGGUACCAGGUGGUAGAGGCCGGAGCGUGGGCGGAGGAGAGCGCGGCCGCGGGCGCGAGCGGGCGCGAGGUGGAGCGGCGGAGGCCGCAGGAGCCGGGGGAGCCAGAUGCCACGGUGCAAGAUGACAUGAACAGCUACAUCAGUCAGUACUACAAUGGGCCCAGCAGUGACAGCGGUGUCCCAGAGCCAGCCAUGUGCCUGGUCACCACAGCCGCCAUAGACAUCCACCAGCCCAAUACCUCUUCCGACCUCUUCUUGGUAGAUGUGCCCCUGAAAGCCGGCAGCAACGGUACCUGUGUCAGCACCACUUCCGAGAGUGCCUCGCAUUGGGUCCACAGCUCCGGCACCCAGGCCCAGAGUGACAGCAGCCUGACCCUGGGCUCCUCCAGCGACUACAGCCCGGCCCGUGACCAGCCAGCCUCUGAGCUCAUCCCUUCUCCCCGGCCACUGCCGCUGCCACCUCAGCUGCCCCUGGGGGAGGCCAGGGCUCUGGACCAGCUGUCCUCCCCUUCAGAGGACCCAGGCCCACCCCAGAGGUCCUUGGUCCCUGCCUCCAGGCCCAGGCCCAACCCCCCAGACUCAGCCCCCACCAGCCCUGAGCCAGAGCACCGGGUCAGGCCAUUCCACCAGAGCCAGGAAGGCUUCACUGUCUUCCAGAUUCAGCCCAUUCUCCCCUACCAGCCCCCGGUGCCUGUGCUAGAUGAGAAGCUCAGAUGUUUAGAAUCCAAAGAACAAAAGUUGCACAGGGUCCCUGAAGCCUAACUCCUCUGAGACAGGCUGGGUGGGAGGAGGGGAGAUCUCCCAGGGUCCCAGAGGCCUCGUGGCCACAUGCCAGGGCUCAGGGUCGCCCUCAGGGUGUUGCUUGCCUUCGGGGCAGAGAUGCCAGGCCAGAAGGCCACCAGCCUCAGACCUCAGAGCCCAGAGCUGGUGCCCAUCUCACCCUGCUUGGGAGGGGGUGCUCAUGGCUGGGUUGUUUUUUAAAGUCAUUUUUACAAAAACCAGCCCAUGGCCCAGCUUCAGCAGGGUAGAGCUCGGGGCCAGCUCAGCCUCUUUUGUUGCCUUCGUUCCUGCCGAGUCCCCGGGAGCCUCGGGAGCAGCACUGUGAGCAGGGGCAGCCCAGCCCCACCCCACACCGUCUUUCCCAGGAGCCCCGGUGGAGCCGACACCAUCACCCAAAGACCGGCACCCGAACUGACGUCGUUUGUCCUCAUCCUCACUUCAGCAUGAGUGUUCCUGAGUCUUUUCAAGAUGAAUUUUGUUUUCACCAUCACAGGACAUGAGGGAGGGACCUAGAGAUGG